CCUUUCGUGCUGACCUCCUCAAAGACCUACGUGCCACGUCCAGCUUCUCUCCUCCCUAAAUAUUGUUCUUGGAUGGACCAGCUCUUAAUGUCAUUAUAAUGGCACAUAGGCUUUUGUCUCUCCACUUGGAUACACCUGAUUCAAGACUAUUUUGAUCUCGCUCCGUUGCGCGUCAGCGUGGUCAUUGCGCGCAGCUAUGAGCUCGGAGAAGCCAAACUUUCUGUCACAGCCGGUGGUGAAAAACGUUUUCAUGUAUCGAAAUGGUGACCCUUACUUCGAGGCACGCAGGAUUGUGAUCAAUCAAAAGAGGGUGUCCAACUUUGAGACUUUGCUGCGAGAGGUAACCGGAGGGAUACAAGCCCCGUUUGGAGCGGUGAGGAACAUCUACACUCCGAGAGGAGGGCACAAGGUGGACAGCUUGGAGACCCUGCAGAGCGGGGAGCAGUAUGUGGCUGCCGGGAGGGAGAGAUUCAAGAGACUGGAGUAAGAACAACUUUAACUUUUUAACCUUACAAUAGCGACUGUGACGAAUAUUCAAAUACAGAAUAAAGUUACUGGUAAUCGUAAAUAGUGGCGCAUGACCUGUAUACUUGUCAAACUGUGGGUGACCAGGUUCAUCCCGUAGAAAAGCUUGCAAGUCAGGUGGAGUCACUGACCAUAGGAAGUAAUUUAAAUCACAUUUUUUUAUGUUUUACACACUGUGAUUGGCCGUCAGAGUUCAUGCUGUCAGUCAGUCAAAGUCCUGGGUAUCAAGCCCCCUUUUUAGGUCCUAGUGUUUAAAGUUUUUUUUUUUUCAGAUGUAACAGUUUAAAGCAAACUGAAAACCGUGCAGAGGCACAGCAUGAGGCAGAUGAGAUCAGCUCUUUGGAGAAGUGUACUCUACCGUGGCCUAAAAAUAAGUGGACUUAUGCUGCAGAUAAUGAGCUUUGUGCAACUGGUUAUUCAUAGAUUGCAGUGGUGGAGCAGUUGCAAGGACUGGAAGCAGUGGGGAGGUAUUAAAGACUUUGACUUUGGAAACUGAAAGUACACCCAUGCUUCUGGUAUUUUAAAAUGAAAUGUGUUCACAACUGCAAAAUAUUUUAAAAUAUGACAGAUUCUCAUAGUCAUUACCCAUCUCUUUCACCAUAUACCACCCUGUUCCUUAACUACCCCGAGGAACUUUAUGGAUAGUCUGUUGUAAUGCAACUGUUAUUCUGCUUUAACCAUUUAGUGUUUGGAUAAAUGAGAGCUAUAUUUUUAUUUAACUAUCCAACCGGAUCAUCCAAGAAAAUGAUUAUAUUAACCAUAAAUCAAAUUUCCUGCACAUUCAAACCAAUAACCAAUAAAAUUUUGAUUGAAUGAGAAGACAGUCAUGAUCCCUUUCUCAUUUUAUGUUCUUUUUAUAGUUACCUACAUAUUGGCUCAAGAAAGAAGAGAAUGAUGCAGACUCUUCCAAUGCAGGUAAGUAGGACGUGUUUAUGAAGUGAGAGACAACUUGAUGUUCAGAAGACUAUUUGUGUAGGAAUUCUUUAAAAAAAUUAAGCUCACAUAGCAUGCACUAAAAGUGCAAAAGUGGUGCAGUAGAGCUUAGCAGUGGCAGUGCACAGCAGGUGAGUGUCAGUGUGUUAUUACCUCAGGAUUUGCGGGGUUAAAUGUCAAUCACUUUAAUCACUUUUAGAGCUGUGAUACCUGGUUAGCUGUUGAAUAGUAAUUGUGUAGUGACGUAGAAAGAAAAAAACAGAGGAAUGAACCAGCUUUCAUUGCUAUAAUCUGAAUCAUUUUUGGCAUCUUACAAACACAAUCUGCAGAGAUGGAACCUGUUUACAUAAUUUACAAAGUCUUGUAUAUUAGCCAGACUUUCUUGGAGUGAAUUGGAACCUUGUAUGAUCUUGCCAAAAUGUCCUCAGGUUCCACUUCACCCUCUGGUCUUUUAGUUUUGCAGAAGGAGAUGCAUGUAGCCUAACUAGAUGGUUACUUGUUGAGGACUUCUAGCAGAAUUUAAACCUCUGCAAAGAUGUGAAUAUGCCAAAAAUCUUAAUUUGUUUGUCUGAAAUUCUUCAUUAUUGAGCUUGGUUGUGGUUUGAAGACCAAAAAGGCCUGACUACUUUGCACCUUACUUUUUAUUUUACUCACUAAUUUAUUAUUUAAGUGGAGAUUUAUACAAAACUUUUCCUCAUAUUUUUCAAGGCACAGUUUAGCCAGAGUAUCUUAACUCAAUUCAGCCUCCGAGUAAUCCAAGCUGAGACUAUCCACCUCAUACAAAGAUUUCGUAAACACUAUCUUUGCACCCCUGCCCCUCCCACAGUGUCAAGAUUUUAAAAAAGCUCAUUUAAGCAAGGUGUUAUGUUAAGCAUCGCUCUCCUUUGUUCGCUGUAAAGAAUCACUUUGUUGUCGUCUCAAUGGCCAUGCAUUAUUGAUUUUUGGAUCAUAAUCAUCCUAGCUUUUGAAUGCAUAUUUAAUCAUCAGCUGUGAAGUCAGGGUCAAAACAGGAGCAGCUCUAAGUCGAGGAGUCCACAGGCUCAUGUAUCUUGAAAGUCGCCUGCAGGUCUUCUUUCACAAUAAGAGUUGCUUACAUGUUAUGUAACAAAAUUCAAGCAAGGAAAGGAACAGUUCAAGGACAGCAGGACAAAAGACAGGCGCCAAAUUUGAUGUGCAAAUUUUUGUCGUUGGGUCACACAAGGUCUUUGACAAGGUAACAUGGAGCCUCUUCUUUCUAUGCCUUUGAUUUGGUCUCCAGUAAUAAAUAGCUUUGUCUGUGUAUGCCCCGCUUCUGCCCUUUAAUCAUAAAAAGAGGAUCAGGAACUACCCUCUAGGCUCCUGAUUUAGUCUUAUCACCUGCUAGCAAGAAGAUUUUUCUUCACUGAUAACCUUAAAGGCUUGUUUUUGUUCCUGUGAUUGUGUGACAAGCAUAAAAGGGGACAAUUCACCUCAGAAGGACCUUGCCUCCCCCUCAAUACUCCACUUAACCUGUCUGAUUGUGUUGUUUAAUGAUGAGAACUCUUAGCUGGCUGAAUGGUUGGCGAGUUCAUUUCUUGUCUCUGUUGAUUUUAGAGCGUUUAGAGGAUGGGCUUACGGGAAGGUUACAGAUGGACAUUUCUGUAGCUGACAGCUGGUAGAAACAGGCGUUUUUUACAUUUCUACUUUUAUUUCUUUCAUUACUUUUUGGUGGCUCUGUGUUUACCUCAAGCUCACCUUCUGGUCUCCAUGAGUGUUAGUGGAGAGGUCUGUUGUGAGAAAAGCUUGUCUUGGUUUGAAGCAGUCAUCCCUUACUCUUGAAAUAUAACAGCAAAAUUAAUCAUUAACUUACUUAAAACUUCAUAUAAAAUCUAAGCCAGAUAUGACAAUUUUAGUAAAAUGUUUAAACUUUAUUACAAGAGGAAUUUCUCAAGCGCUUGUUUCGUAUUCAAGGCACCUGCUUCGGCAAAUGUGCUUUGAUUUUUCAUAUUAAAGCUCCACUAAGAGUUUUCAGACACACAGAAACUUACUGUCAAGCCUAUUUUGACCUGCAAACGGAAAAUAGAGCAUAAGUAAAAUGGCUGCUUAUUUAUAGUUUUAGUAGUGAUGUUAUAGCAGAGGAUCUGUGUGAAAAUUGUGAAAAAAGCAGUUUCUGCUGUUGCCAGGCCGACACCUCACUUCUCACAUUAGUUUUUUACAUUAGAAAUUACAAUAAAUUUUUAAAAAGUUUUUUUUUCCCCAAUUGUUUUGUUUGCUUCCAGAUUUCAUAAAAAGACAUCAAGAUGAAUUGUUGUCUAUUUCCUAGUUAUCAAAAGAAGUCCUCACAGGAGCUUUAAUUGAUUAGUGUAUUUGCUUUGACCCUGUCCCUGGUUAAGCCUUUAAAUAAGUCCAGCAUCCUGCUUUAUGUUAUAACUUCCUAAAUCCUUCUUCCAGCCUUCUCAUAUCUGUUGCCAGGCAGCACCCAUCGACCCUAGAGGACUUCUAAUAUACCUCCUCUGUAUCUCCCUGUCCCUCUCUCUGAGGAUUCAAAUCUUUGUCUGAGAGUCACUGUGGGCUACCAGGUGUUAUAAGACAGGGCCUGCCGAGCUCACUCCAUGCAACCUCCCAACCUCUCUGAGGAUUACCAAAGACUCAUUCUUUUGCUGUCACAGAGAUGUGGGACAGAUUAUUCCAGUGUGAAGAAAAGCUAUUUUUCUGCACAUUUCAGGGUUUAACUUUCAGAUGCCAUGCAGUUUUGUUUUUUCAUGCUUGAAUGAAACUUAUUAUGGCAAAGGAAAGAAGCAGUUCUCUAAAUGUCUAUAUAUAGUUAGGGUUAGGGUUAUCAUCCACAGUAAACAAAACCUGCCACAUCAGGAUGUUGUCGCUCAUGUUGGCUCUGAUUCAGCUUACAGUUUUGGCUCUAGAGGAUUCACAGUAUCAAUCUUUUUGCCCUCUCUUUCCUCCCAUGGGGCAGGCAUAUAUAGAGAGGCAGUUGUCUUAAAGUAUUAGUCACCAGUUUUUGCAUCGUUCCUGAAAGUAGAUGUGUUGUUUUUAGCUUUAAACUGGGAAACUAUAACUGUACCUAACAGAAAGGAUAAGGACUACUGGCAUCUAGUGGUGAGGUUAGAUGUUACAAUGCCUAAUAAACAAUCACUCAUUAUUCAAUUUAAUGUGCCCUAAUUUGCCUUUUUUUUUUUCUUAAACCUUUUCUCCAAGGUCAAACCACUGCCACCAAAUCGAAUCAUUGUGUCGGCUCGAUUCCUGAAACCCAUUAAAGAGCCUUGUACAGUAUUGUAAGUAUUUGUUUUUCCUUUAAGCUGAAUUCCAACUGAAUGAUUGUGCAUGCACAGUUGACACAUUUAAUUACACAUUAGUCAUCCCUUUAUUAGAGUUUGAUUUAUAGCAUGUGAAUCUCAAUCUGUGUGGAAAAAGGGCAGAUGAUGUCUUAAGCUCCUGGAGGCAAAUCUCCGCUUGUUGAACUUGAAGGGCUUUGAGUACGAGGAAUGUAUUGUACAGAAAUGCUUAGAAGUGUUUCUUUGUGUGUGUAUUUUCUGUACUCAGUGUGGUAGCAAACGGCGAUGUCCUGAACCCUGCUAUGAGACUGUUAAUCCACCAGAGGAUGCUCAGCCAGUUUGACAAAAUCCUUGAGAUGAUAACAGAGAAGAUGGGUUUAAGAGUCCUGGGAGGUGUCCGAAGGUAAUGCUAUAAAGAAAAUAGGUGAACCUUAUACACAUUUAUAUUUCUGUCCAUGCUUGUCAUCAAAAUAACUUUAUGAGCAGAGCAUGAAGUUUGUGUCCUCCACCAUAUGUUCCUCCAUCACAGCAGAUGAGCUCAUUACACUGUCAUGCACCUUGCUGCAUAAAUUUGCAUACAUAUAAUAAAGAAUACAGACUUUAAUGUCCACAUUAACGCCGUGUGUGUCUGUUAAUGCUUUAUCUUAAUGAUGACUAUGUGAGGAUAUUUUAUGAGUCCAGUAUGUCUUUUUUGACCGGAACUGGGACGAGCGCAUGAUGGAGCUGUUUGGUCUGUUUUGUAGUCUGUACACCUAUGAAGGCCAGCAGGUGACUGACGGCCAUCAGAUGGAGAGUGGACAGCUUUAUGUGGCCGUGGGGAGAGAAAAGUUUAAGAAGCUGCCAUACAGUGAUCUGCUUUUCACUAAACCCAGAGGGACUAGGAGGAUCAACGGGUAAGCACUGUACACUGAGAUGUGCCACUAAUUGUAUCUUGGUGUCAUUCGUGUGUUAUGUUUCUUUUAUUCAUGGAAAAGUUAAAAAAAAAAAAAACUACAGUUAUGUAUUUAUAUGUUUGGUACCAAAAUACUGUCAAUCGACAGAGUAAAUAAUACUAAAAACUUGUGACUUGAAAAGACAAUUCAAACAUUUAAUUUUUCCCUAAAAAGUGUAUAAAUUUAAAAAACUUCAAUCACUUUGAAAAUACAUUUUGAACAAGUUCAGACAGAAAAUAUUGAUCAGGAGAUUGUUGGUUUAAAUAGGGUUUGCUGUUGUUGCUACAGGAUUGAUAUUUCUUAUCUUGCUUACAGCUGUGAACUUAUCACAACCUUAAUAUGGGCACAACCACAUGAAAAUGGCAACAGGUUAAUCAAUUUGAAAAGCGAGUAUUUUGCUAUUUUUUUAUCUUAGUGCUACUGUAAGACAUUGUAAUUUUGGUGCCCUCUGUGGACAAAGUUGUCACCUAUCAGCUUAUUCGGUCCUGUACAUAUAUAAGGGAUGUUCUCUUACAAAGUGUCUCAGCCUGCUUUUCCUGCUUUUUGUCCACAUCUAUAUUUGCACUAGCUGUAAAUUGUAAGAUGUGAACAAAGGCUGCUUGCGUUUGAUUGCCUGGUUAGGUCUAACUACAGCCCAGUGGCAGCAGUUACAGGUGUUUGCACAGGAGGAAAUUACUGUGUGAAAGGAAACAUCUUUUCAGUGAUGGUUUUGCUUUCUUCAUUCAACACAAAGAGGCAUUGGUGUUCAUUUCAUUCCGUUUCAUAACCAGAAAAAUGGCUUUACAAGAGGUUUAUAUAUUUUUGAUUUGACAGAAAAAUACAUUGAGUUAUUUCAAAUGUCAUUAAAAUAAAUCAGUACAAAUACUCAUUCAUGACGAGUUGUGCUAACUUCAAAAUCAAACUCUCUGGCUACCAAAGAUUGUUCUUGGAAAUCAUUUAGUUUGUUUUGAAAUGUCCCAGAGAGGAAAGUAAGAACUCCUCCAGGGUACAAAUCUUAUUUCAAAUCUCUUGAGCUUUUGUCCAUCAGCUCCAAAGAUCGAUAUUAAGAUUAAUAAUUUGCUUAAGGCAGCUUUACACUUGCCUUUCUCUCUUUUAAAAAUUUUAUAGGAACCGAUAAAGCCUUUUUUAUUCGCUCUUUUACCAUCUUAGUUAAAUAGUUUUUUAGACUUAAAAUCCUGGGAGAGCACUUUUCAAAAGUCUUGUUUUCAUAUGGUGUGAAGUAUUUGAUUACUGGAACAUUGCUGUAAUUUAUCAAACCGAAAAAUCUCUUUUGUCUUUACUACCUGAAAUAACUAUUUCCACGUGCCUGAGUUUUAGUCUUUGCAUUACGUAAUUAGAUUAAGUUCUGUAAUUAGGUUGCUGUGAGUAAUUUUGUCUGUCUUGUUUACAGAAUGAAAGCUUUCUCUCUACCGCCCAUCCACAGAUUCUCCAAGCAAAACGGAAAUGUAAGAGCCUUUUUACGGAUGUUUAAUGAAAAAAUAAUAACAUUAACACAUGAGUACAUGAUAGUAAUGUGUGGCCACAUGGUAAUUAUGGCAGUCUGUGUGCUCUCUUUGAUACUUGCUUAUAGAAACACAACAGUUACAGUUUUGUUGUAAUCAUCAAAACUUUUGGUGCUCACUAACAGUCAUGCCAAAAGAUAUAUGAAAACAGACUUUGAAGUGCCAGGAUAAGCUUCAUUCAACAGGAGCAGAGAAUUGGAGUUCAUUUUUUGUGCAUUUAAUAUGUAUAUAUUUACGUCAUGCAUAAUUUAAUAGCUUUUUUAUCAACUGAACUGGAGUUGUGUUUCUCCAGGCGAAGUCUACAGUGCGAUGUAGUGAUAGUGGGGAAGGAGACUCGAAGGCCUUUCCUCCAGCCAACACUAGUAACAACAAAGAGCAUCUGUCCUCCAUUGUCAGAGAGAUCUCUCAAGCCAGACUCAUCUCUCUCAGGAAGAAGAGGAGUGGACAAAGCAUGACUCUCAGCAUCACUGACAAUGGUAAUACAGAGACAAAUACAACACUGUGCAAUAAGUUUGAGGUGUUUCCAAGUCUGAAAGGAUGGUUUGGUUCUGAGGUUGUUGUUUUUUUUUUUUUUUUAAUUCUUGUUUUGGUUUUUCUGGUGCUGAUAUAUAGAUAUUUUUAUUUUGUGGUACAGAGAAAAACAACCAAGUCAUUUACAGUGAACUAAUAAUUGUACAAUUAAAAUCAACAAAAGCAGUUUUGAUCAUAGCUUUUCAUGCUCAGACUUGAAGUCUUUUCACCUUGAAAAAAGCUCAUCUUAACAUGCGAAAUUCAGAGAAAUUUUAGCACUUUUUGACAACAGCAAGAGUAUAUCAGAAUUAACUCUCAUCGGGAAACACAAACCCCUCCACCAGGGUAAGGUGGUAGCUCGAGGAAGGGAAUAAAAAUCCUUCCAUGGGGGGGAAAACCACAAGGUUUAUUUUUUUUGUGUGCAAAACACCGGAUUAUGGGUGGUUUUGUUCUUUGUUUUUUAAUUUUCUUUCCAGUAGUUUUUUUUUUUUUUUUUUUCAGAAUUUUUUUUUACUUUAUUUUUUUUGUGUGUUUUUUUCUUUCAGUUUUCUGCCUGUUUUUUUUUUUUUAUUAUUAUCAGUCAGGCAUAAAAAAAGGAAAAAAAACUGAGGAAAAAAAACCCUAAAAAAGUUUUUUUGCAAAAAAAAACUGUAAAAAAAAAGAGUAAACUAAAGAAAAAAAAACUCAAAUAAAAAAACCCUUACACUGUUUUUUUGUGUUGAUGAGUUAAAUAAGAAAACUAAGUAUUACACACCAGCUGUUAAACUGAACUGUACAGACGCCAUCUUGCCUGUCUACUUCUGUCCAUUGUUGAACCAAAAUUAAAAAAUAGUUCUCUUUGAAUGUACAAAUCAUAUUUACUCAUGAAGAUAAAGUCAUUAUUGAUUAAACAUUGCAGAUAUACUUCCCCCUGAACUCUAUAUUAAUCAGUUAUCCAAAAGCUUUUCUUCUGCUGAUGAAAAGUGAAAACAAGAGUCCUGCAAGGAUUAAAACUGACAUAGGCCUACUUAAAAAGUAAAACGGUUAUCUCACACGUUGUUGCAAAAGCUUGUGCAAUAUUCAGAAAGAGUCUCUGGCUGUGACCUUUCCUGUUUUCCUCAUGGCACAACAUGAUAAUAAUCUGUCACAUAGACUUUGGAUGACUAGUUGUUCGAAACGUCUCGUCUUCUCAAUAAGGACAAUAAUAUGUUAGACAAACAGAGCUCGGCUACAUUACAGAUUAUAAUACGUAAAGAUAUACUGUAUAUGUAUGAUGUAAUGCAUAGGUCUCAAAAUCUUAUGUAACCUGCUGCGGUCAUAAAUGUCCACAUAGAGGCACUGUUGCUCCACAGCAAACAGCAGGGAGAAGUGUUGAAAGUAGGUCUUGUAUGAUGACAUUUACUACUAUAACAAGAAACACAUUACAUCAUCCACUGGCUCCAUGAUCAGUUCAUUACUAGUUCCUAAAGAAACUCUGUAUUUGUGCUACUUAUGGGCACAAUGGCAGUUUACAAUUCUCCAAACACUGAAAUAUUUAAUUGCUUUUUAACAAAAAAGAUUAAGCUGAUUUUGCAAAGCUUUGAAGCAAAACAGAAUCCAGCUUUCGUGAACACCACACACUGUUUUUUUUAACAGCGUAAAAAGUAAAAGUGAGCAUUUUUUCUCGGUUUCAUUUCAAAGUUCUCUGGCAAUAGGCAUUUUUCCUCAGACUACUUCUGACCUUUUUGUAAGGACUACUGCAGUGCUUACCACCUUACGUCACCCUGUGGCUCAUGAAAGAUCUUGCCUGUUUCGUUGUCUGGCUGCAGAGUUGACAGCAGAAGCCCAGAGGAGCGUGGAGAAUUGCGUCUUUGGUUCAGGGGAGCUGGCAUUUUGCAUCAAAAGAGAGGGAUAAGAAAUAUGCAUUUGCGAUGUCUUUGUCUGUGUGUACAUGCCUGCAUUCGAAACCUGUAAUUUUGCCCUCAGAAUCCUUCUCCGUGCAUCAGAUUGUGUGGCAUGUCGCAUUACAAGGAGAAAAAAACAUGUUGCAUUAUUGGUCCCCUUGGGUGACAUUGACCAAAGAUUAAAUUAACAGACAGACAGCUUGGAAAACAAGAUCAGGCAUCAGACAGGACGGUUUGAAUGGCUUACAGAGCAUAUCGAAUUCUCAUGCACCCUUCAUUGUAUGACCUAUAAAGUCUUUUUCCAGUGCUGUCAUGUUUACAUAAAGGUAUUUUGCUUAUUUGUUUGAGUGAGAUGCUGGGUUUGCUUUAUUUCAUGCUGUCUUUGUAUGGCUGUUUGUCUGUCUCUGUCCAUGGUGCUGAACAGAAGGUUGAUGUUUGCUUGAAGUUUGGAUACUGCUUAUCUUCAUCUUUCCCUCUUUGAAAAGAAACAAACCUUAAACUAGAAUCAUGAAUGGUAAGAAAUGGACAUUGCUUCUGAAGUAUCAAAUUUCUAAAUGUCCACCCCAUUUCUGACUCUUGGGUCUGAUAUUUGAUGGUGACCAUUUACUGUCUUUGGAAACAGAAGUGGCAAUAUUUCAUCUACAGGGGUGGAUAUGCAUCGUAAAGUGUUUAUGUCUGUAAGGACCCUGUGGUAGAGCCCUGUCAAUCACAAGAACCAUUCAUUAGAGAAUGAAUGCCAUGCUGUGUUGACAAAGACCUGGAAUCAAUAGGAAAUCUCUAGUGUUGAGAACAAAGUCAAUGCGAGAAUGCAAAAAAUGACAGCAGUUCCCAGAGUGUCUUCUUGGGGCUUGCUCUAAAAGCCAAUGAAAUGCUGUCAGAGCCAACAAUAAACAGCCUGCUUCCAUAGCAACAUAGCACAUGGUCACAGCCCUGUGCAUGACACAUAUUUUUAACUCAGCUGGUCUGUCAAGGCCAAAAAAUGUGCAUUAUUUUUGCCUUAUUUGACUGAAAGGUGGGCAACAGAUGGGCAGCCUCUGGUUUUGAGAAAUAAAGCUGGUGCAGAAGUGGUUCAAACUGCAGUUCUUUAUGAGUCCACUUGAGGCUGUCUACAAAAGCCCGAGACAAGUGACGUUCCCUUUAAAAAAUCGCAUCUUUACAGUACAUGUAAUAUGUUUACAGCACUGUAUAAAAAAGUGCCUUGGUCUAAAAGCAGACUGAAGUCAGCAUCUAAAUUAUAAUGUCACUGAGACUACCUCCACCUUUCAGUCUAUGGUUAGCACAUAUUGGCUAUUUGCUAUGCUGAUUUCUGGGCUAAUUUGGAAGAAUACAGUCUUAGUUUGAGGCACCUCUACACAGACUUCAUUUGCAGACUCUAGAUUAGCUUAUGACAGUCUACAUUUGAAAUGUUAUUUUUGAUUCUGAUUUAUUUUUAUUUUUCGAUUUUUACUUUUUUGGGGAACCAGGAGUGUAAAUUGGAUAACAGGGUGGAUACAGCAAUGAUUUUUUUUUUUUCAUUGUUUACUGGCUGCUAUGAAAGCAACUUGCAGUCAUGUGAAGUCAAGCCCUUAAAAAAAUCUUAAGUGAACAUUUGAGACCCAACAGUGCAGUUGCUUCUUACUGCUCAUUGAAUAGAAUAAAAGUUAGAAUACAACAAUGAGCCGUUCCUAUUACAGUUUGGGACUAAAAGAAGUCCUUAAAGCAGCACAGACAUGGAAAAAAUCUCAGCUGCACAUUGGCUUUAAAAAAAAAAAAAGUUAAUCCUUUAACCAUUAGCAGCUAAAUUUGGUUUUGACAUCAUGUUGUUCUCUGUAGCUUCUCAAAGGGAAUACAGAGUUUUAUCACCUUUUAUAGAGAUGUAGUUACAGAGCAGAGGUGUUUCUUGGUGUUAUUUUCCCUUUUGGGAACUUCGGCCCAGCCUGGUCCUGAGGUAAACACAUCCCACUCUGGUGCCAAAGGGAACACAGCCAAGAGUUGAAGUCUGACUGGCAGCAAUAGUGGAAAGAGCACAGCAUGAAACCCACACUGUAGAUCUCUGGUGUGUGGGAACAAAGGAUUAUUAUAAAGGUGUCAUCUCAUUACAGAUACACUGAGAUGGGCACUGAGACAAACAAGCAAAUGAUAGAGAGACUGAGAGAAGAGAGGAGACAAAUGAGACAGAGUGACCCUGUAAUUUGAGAUUCUUCAUCUCUGCUCUGUGCCGACUCUGUUGUGACAAGAAGGCUAGUUUGUGUGUGUGUGUCCAUGUGUGUGUGUCGCUAUGCCAGCCCCCAUUAUUCACUGUCUAUCAGCUGCUGGGAAGCAGACUGAGGAUAACUCCAGCAGUUUCUGUCUGGUUUAUUGUAAAGCUUCUGACUUUUCUGCUUCAUUAGAGUGAACACAGCGGUGAGUGACAGCAAAGACAAGGGGAAGGCAUUGCGACAAGUCAUGCAGCAAAGGUCACAGAAUGAAUUUGAGCUCUAUAUAAUAAAGACAUUUGGCUUAAAAGACUUAACCAGCAACAUUGCUUGUCAUGUCUCCUCCUUUACAGAAGUUCUUUUAAAAUUAGAAAAAAUUAAGGGUUGGAUUUCGCUUCUGUCAGCUACAGCAUUUUUUUUGUAAAGAAAAAAUCAGGUUGUGGAUUACCAAUUAGCAGCUGUUGCUAACCCCAAAAUAGAAAUGGGUUGUUUAUCUGUGCUCUCUCUUUCUUAAAGGGCUUCUGUGAUCACUUCUGUUAAUGGCUCCCCUGAGAGAUGGAGAGGAAGAAAGGCUGCAAGGAAAGAGGAGAGAAAUAAAGCAUAGAAGAAAGGAAAGGGAUACGUUUUGACAGAUUAAAGGGGAUUGGCUGGUAGGGAAAGAAAGAUAAAAUGGAGGAUAAAAGAAAGAUGAUUAAAGAUUGAAAUAAUAAAGAUAGAAAUAUUACAAUAAAGGAAGGAAGAAUACAUGUGGAAUCAAACAGUGAAGAUGAUAAUUGGCCUUAGAUGGUGAAGCAUGAUGGGAAAAAAAAAAAAAGACUGAGAUAUUGAAGGGUGGAUGGAUGGGUGGGGUUUAGAUAAUUGCCUUUCAUUUGGAUAAUCUCUCCAUUUAGAGUCAUCAAAGCAGAAUUUGACUUGCCUCUGCCCCUUGCUGGGGCCAAAUUGCAACUCUAAAGAAAUCAACAAAAGAGCCUUGUACCUCAAGGUGGAUGGACGGACAGACAGACAAAGAUGGACAAGAGGAGAGGGAGGGGAGGAAAAUGAAGAGGGGCAAUUACACUGUGGUCUGUUCAAAGAGAGAGAAAGAAGAAGAGAGCGAGAGAGAGGUUUUCUGAUCAGCAGAUUAUUUUUAGACUCUGACUGACGUACUGUUUAUUUCUUGUUGAAUGCAUUAAGGAAAGACCACAUCAGUGGACGAUACACUGGCAUGAUGCGUGUCCUUAACUUAAAUACAAACCUCCCUCCUAAAAAGCUGAGGUGCAGUAAAAAUGACCGAAGCAUUGUACAAGACAACAUAUCCGAGGGUAUAACUGAAAAUGUUGUUUUAAGAAAAUAUCUGCUCAUCCUUAUAGGAUUUCUGGUGCUCAGUGGUUCAGGGUCUCCUUUGUCGUAUAUUUUGUACUUUGGGUGACAAGCAGAGACUACAGUCACGCCAGUUAAGCACCCAGAGUAAUCCACUGUAGAGUCAAGAUGUUGUAAUGUUGAAUGCAGUUUAACACUGUCUUGUUAAAAUAAGCAAGGUCUUCCUUUAGAAAAGGCAUUGACUGGAUGGCAGCAUAUGUUGCUCUUGAAUCUGUAUAUAUCAUUCAGCAGUAAUGGUGCCUUCCCUGAUGUGUGAACACUUUUGAGCCUCCAUAUUUUCAUGGAUGCUGGUUUUCGGAACUGAACAAUAAUAACAGGCCUGGCUUUCCCUCUUCUCCCUUGAGCAGAAGACCAACCAUCCAUAAUUUCCAAAAGGAAGGUCUGAAUUUUGUUCCUCAGACCAUUGGACAGUUUUUCAUUUUACCUCAGUCCAUCUGAAAUGACCCCAGGCCCAGAGUUGUCCUCAGAAUUUGUUUAAAAUCAGAUUCAUAUAUGCUUUCCUCUUCUACCCCAUAUUUGUGAAAUCCAUGUUGUGGUUUCCAAUACAGAGUCACGUCUUUUUUAACUGUAAUGCAGCACUGAUGAGGGCUGAAGUCUCAUGACCACUCAGUUUCUGUUUUCAUCCUUUAUGCAGAGAUUCCUACAGAUUCUCUGAAUUUGUACUAUAAACAUUAAAUUCUAACAUUCUUUGUAAUUUUACAAUCAGUGACUUAAAUCUUGAGUCGUUGAACUAUUUGCUCACGCAGUCUCUCACAGAGUGGUUAGCCUCUCCCCAUCUUGACUGCUAAGAGAGUUAGCUUCACAUGUGAAUGCCCUGUUGCAAAUUCACCUUGUAGGUAAUGUUUCUCCUGAUGUUUUAACUGCAUUAGACAACUUGUUUGGUGUUUUGUUGUGCCUGUGUAUAAAAACAACAAAAGCAAGUGAAUUUUUGUCUCCUUUAUCACAUGAAGCUCAGAAGCAUCUUCACUCUUUGGUUCUGUAUGUCAGUUUUGCAUUUUCUGUUUCGGUGCGGUUUGUCUUUUACUUCUCCAAGAGUGUUGUUGAUGAGUCUGGGCAAACUUGGAUCGAAGGCCAUUCAAGGACAUUCAAUUCGUCCAGAAACCCGUGUCCUGAGUGACCAGAGUCUAUCUUUAAAAGUGGAAGAAACCUCCUGCAUUUUUUUGCUACAUGCUGGAUCAAUAUCAUAUCCUUUUCUAUCAACUUCUUUUUAAGGUCGUUUAUAAUCAAGCAAGUUCCAAGUUGAAGAAUUGGCCGGAAAAUAAAGCUGUUUCAUAAAGUCUAAAUGGCAAAAAUUCUUGAUAUACUUCGCAAAUCAAAUGCAGAUUGCUGCCUAUGUGUGAAAGCUGUGUGUGUCUGCAUGUUUUUGCCUUUGCUCAAGCACAUGCCAUCCAGCCAGAUCAACCUUAUGCCUCUGGUGUCAUAAAAUGUGAUGCUGCCUUGGGGAAUUAGCCUUGUUAGCAUAUGUAUCUCUAAUUCCUGUCAGAGUGAAACAGGGUUCAAAACAGCACUGGUAGGCAGCAGACGAGUGUACAAAGAAGCUACGUGUCUUAAACCGUGUGCUUGUGUCAGAAACUAGGCUCAGCAGCGAUGGAUGAGAAACAGCUACAUUUAAAGGAAAGAUUUCAUGCUGCUUUUUUUGCUUGCCGAGUUUUUAAAAAGUGGGUUUGUUGGCACGGUGUUAAAAAUGUUCACAUGUGGGUUAUGUGUGGCCUGUUUUUACGAACAUCUUUGUGACACAAUUCAGAAAGCACAAAUAUCUUUCCCAAUCCCUCCCCCCUUUCAUACUUCACCUCAUUUCAUCUCUCCUCUUUCACUAUGACAGAAAAAGGUUCUUCAUGACCCUUUGAUGCAGGAUUACUGGAUUAAAGAGCAGGGUAGCUGUGCUAAUCUGUCACGUUAAUCUGCUAACAAGUGUUUCAGCUGUGGCAUACAACUGUGCCAACUGUGACAUGGAAAGUAAAGGGUUAGGGUGACGUGACACCUUCACUGACACAAAUUUUCUUUAUUUCUGUCACUCUGGAUCUUACCCGCCUCCUGUCUUUUUGUAGUUUUUGAGCUGGAGCUGGAACACGCACAUGUGGAGGAAGUGUGAUAGGAGCAUCAGCAUCUGCAGGGUUUAUAUCACACUGACACAGGGCAAAAAGCUCAGGCAUUUAACCUAAAACACAUGAGUAAACAUCUGACAUUUGCGGGGAUGAAAAUCUUCACCAUGAUGUUCACGGAAAACUUGAAUUUAUCACAAUAGCAACCAGUCGCAAUGUGGAAAAGCUAAACAAGGGUAGAGCAACACAUAAAUUCAUAAACUUUAAUAAACACAAUUAACUCACAUCAUCAGACAUUUUUCAUCAUGUUCAAAUGUGUAGUUUAUCCAUAUCUACAAAUUUGUGACUAAACCUAAUGCUUUUAUUUUUGUAUUUUUUUGUCAUGGUUUUGGGUUGCUUCAUUCCAGCAUCGUAAAACCAUGCUUUCAUUUUGAAGUACAAGCUACCUCUGGCAGAUAGUAAUUUAGGAGACAACUUGAAGACAGUUAGAAAGUGUAAAUGUUCAAUUAUUUAGGCACAAGCCCUAAGAUUGUUUUGUGAUUCAAGAUAACUCUAGGGAUGUUAGUUUUCAAAUGAGACUGAAAAGGCUGCGUAAGCUAGCUUGCUAGCUGCCUCUUCAUCUCUCUACCAUUUUAUGUGAGUAUGUGGACACCGGCGUUAAGAACCACUAGUAUGACCUCAUGAUAUCAUAGCAAGCUUAAUUUCAGCACAAUAUCAAUGUUUGAUUUUCUUCCAAAACAGAGUUAUCAAUACCAAAAUUUUUCAACAACCCAAGUCCAAACAAUGCAGUUUAAGACGCAUCAAAACAUUGCUAUUUAACAGAAAAAGACUUAAAAACUAAUACAUUUUUCAGUUUUCUUUACAUAAUCGAUUUACAUCAUUUGUACAGUGAGGUCAGAUUCACAUUCAAGGUGGCACAAGUCUACCUUCAUCUUAUGUCUGGGUCUUGCUCAAUCUGUUCACAUCCUGGUCCACACCACCACACACUCACUGCAUAAUUCCACUACCAACUAGAGACAAGUUGACACAAAAUAUUAAAUGAAGAGUUUAUUUUAUUGAUUUAGAUCCAGUUGAUAUAUUCAGCUCAAAAACAGAACUUCUUAACAGUGGUUAUGGAUUAAAACCAUGGCAACAGAUUCUUCUCAGAUGAAAUGCAGGACAAAUUAUCAUUCAACAGAUUGUUUCAAUUCACAACUUAGCCAAAACAUUAGCGUGUUUAUUUGGUAUAGCUCACAUUGAACUGCACAUUUAACAGGACUUUUGCAGAAAUAUUUAUGUCUUCUUUUAGAUCUCUUUCUUCUUUAACAUUGUUACACAUGCAAAUGAAGUCGUAAAUCUGUAGUUAGAUUAUCUCCCUGAGAGAUUGGCUGUUAGAGUUUUGUGUUUUCCAAAUGAAGUAAAACUAAUAUUGAAAAUUUACUUGUAUUACUUAGCCUAAUGAUAUAGUACACUUGUGUUUUUGCUACAGUGUCAACAGGCAGAGCUGAAAUUACUGAACUGCUCUCCUUGGACUGAUUUUAUCAACCAUAUUGAAUGCUUUAACUGCUGGGAGUUGAUUAUUUACAGAAUAUUUUAAAAGCAUAAAAUCCUGAUUAUAAACUGAAAAAUAAAAUCUUAUUCAGAUGUAUUAUCAUAUUCCAAUCAUAGACAGAAGUCUUAAGAAUAAAGCCUUUACCUCAUGAGGACAGCGGGUGAUAAGACUUGAGGCAACUGGAGGAAAACUGAGAGAACGAACUCCACAUAUGAUUAAAUUAUUUAACUAAAGCCAUGACCUUUAUAAAUAUUACUCUGCCUGUCUGACUGCAACAUUGUUAAGCAGAGCUUUCCUCUGAUUUAAUGUCAAAGCUAUCUUAGCCACACACACCGUAGAUAAGGUUCUUAUACUGCAGGGAAUGUCUGCUUUAUCCAGAGACAUGGUGCGGGGUUCAUUUACUCAAUGCAUAUUACAAUCACAGCUUAAUGUAUAGGACGUUACUCAUUUAAAAUAACUGUCAGGGUGGACAUAUGUGUUGUUUGUCCUCCCCACACACAAUACAGGAUCUGUAAUUCAGUGGAUGCACUGUGAUGAUGAGGUUCUGGCCACAAUUUCCAUCAGUUUUAUUGGUGCCAAGGUUUAAAGGCACUGCCUGAUGUCUGAAAACUCCACUUCUAUAACAUUUUGGGAUUUAAAGGGGGAACAUUUUUGAAAGAGACAUUUUUUCUUUGUUUUUUGUUGCUUUUGUGGGUGAAAAGCUUUUUUUUAAGCCACAGAAGACAUCUUAAACUCCCCUUUCACUGUUUAACUGAACUUUGUAAGUAAUAUCAAUGACCUGUCCUUUUAGUCCACACUUUAAUAUCUUUAGCCUUAGGCAUUAGUAUUACAAAUAUGAUAGAGCCCAUCUUUAUAUUAAACACUUUUCAGAGUGAAUCUUUUUCCCCCUUUAAUAUUUUUGUUUCAUAGGAAUCUGAUAAAAAUAUAUUGAGUGCAUACAUGAGACAAAGAGGACCGCAUGAAUAGGUACAAAGUCCAGUCAUCAGAUUUUACGUCGAGCAGCUAGAUUGUUUUUCUGGCGACCACAUUACUAUAAACCUCAACACCGGCCAGGCCUUUCUAUGGUGACUGGUCAUACACUCAUUAAAUGUUUUAACAGGACCUUGGUCUCUGACUGGAGUACACUUGCUGAGUGGCAACAUUUCAUAAUCACCAUUAACAGUUACUACCCGUGUUGUUUUACAGCCUGCUAUAACUCAGCCAUGUGCUGAGUGGGUUAAAUCAUCUGGGUGUAUAUAAGUAGUAUGGUGUUGUGUACAUGAGGAUAUACAGGAAGGGUUUUAGGUACAUUAAGUACUACAUCAAGAUCUGAGUGUUCAUUUAACACUGCACAGCUAAUCUAAUUCAAGUAAAACUGGCUUGUGGAGCAUUACAGUGAGCCUUUCAUGCUUUGAUCCUAUUGCAUUCAUACUCUAAGCACUGAAACUAUAAUUUCUUUGAAUUAGAGCCUCUCCCUUUGAGGGAUUUUCAAGGGCUGGCAUUGGAAGAAAAGACAUUGGUGCUGUAAUCAUAUUGACCAAGAUACACAAAGCAUUUUCUGGAAAAUGUCUACCCAUGUUGCAACAGAUAAGAAUGAUGCAAUUAAAAAGCGUGUUGCUUCAAAGAGGUGGUGUUGUGCUUAUUUUGAGUUAAAAUGCUGUUUGCCAGUACUAUGCAUGACCAAGGUUCAGAUUGAAAGGUUAAUGUGUGUUGAAGGAAUCAACAGGUAGGACUUUUAGGUGCUUUGAAUGGCUUGUUCAAAAAGUCACACAAAAAUUCAGCAAAAUCAAUUUGAUAUGUGCUUAAGUCAUGACAUCACCAGACAGCGAAACUCCUUAAAAGGACAAAUAUAUCAUCUUACAAAAAAAAACACAAUUUUGUUGUAUGACAACAGUGAAGGAAGCUUCCAGAAUGCUGGGUUCUGGAAUGCUGGGAGGAGGCGGGCCUAAACAAAGUAUCUCAGACUCAGGGGCUGAAAUUAAGGUUUUCAAAGACAGCAGCCUUAAGAAACAUUGAUCUAGAAAUCAUGUUAAGCUGCUGAGGAGCUAUCAGGGGGACAAUAGAAUGAGCGUUAUACCCCCUCUGUGGUGAUUGAGACCUCAAAUUGUUCAGCAGGCCUUCCUUUCAAGGACCAUAAUGGCUUAAAAGUCCACUUUGGUCUACAUAAUGUGUAUUGUAAUAACCAGUUGUGAUGCUUAAUGAUAUAUUUCUGUGCGUUUUCCUGUUAGAAAAGAAGGUGCUUUUCUUUUAUGUUUUGUUUUUGACAUUUUCAGCACACGCUCUGUGUUAGAUAUAGUUUCCAGUAGUUUCCAGUCUAUGGUUCCGCUGUAUUCAGCCUUUUUCUUUUCACAGAACUGAAUCUUCUAAUCCUUGAAAAAUGAACAAAAGCUUUCCAAAACGUGUUAUCAAAUCAUUUGCACAAUACAAAGAACACAAUGAUCUCCUGUGGUGACUUUACUGUUGUCAACAACCUCAUUUAUUUCACUGUGCUUCGGUUUGUUAUGAGGAAAAUGUAUUCGUGCCCCAUUUUCGCUCUGCUGAAGAUUCACUCAGGAAUCAUGUACAUGAUAGCAGUGGAUGAGUUUUCUCAGAAUCGCUUCCUGGAGGACUAGAACGGCUUUUGAAUGUGAUACCAGAUCCUCCAAGUCUCUGCAAGAAGUGGCUACACACUCAGACUCUGCGAGACAGCACUGACGUAAUGCAUAUCAACACUUGACAUUAGAAGAAGAGGGUUUGGAAGAGGAUGGAGUAAAGUUUGAUUCACACAUUGGUUACCUAACUCCCUGCUGGGUUUGAACUCUGCAGUUUGUUAUGAUUAGAGAAAUUAGCAACAGGCCCUUUAUAUCCCGCAGAAAGAAUUGGAAAGAAGAGGCAUCUGUUUGUUUGCGCUGUGUUGGGACUGUGUUGUUGACAAUGCAAUUCAGGGUUCAUGUGAGCACAGCUGUCUCUUCUGUGAUCCACGUUGUUGUUUUAUUAAUUAAGUUGAUGAAUAUGGUCUAUACAUAUUUCAUUGAAUAGUAUUUACAUCAUGUUACCUGGUGUAAACUGCUCUCUGGAUUCCCCCGGCGUGUUGAGGUUACUGGAAUUGGAUGAGCACAUCAAAUGGAAAACCAGAUCAAAGUGAUGCUGCAUGUUAUUGUGCAACUCUAUGUAUGCAGAGAUCACAAAGGGCCUCCUUUUUUAUUUGUUUAUUCUUUUAAAGCAGUCCCCUAAAAAUAAAUUCCUGCAGCAGUAGAGGAUAACAUGCGUGUUUGUUUGUAAGGAAGAUAGAGAAAGAGGUUGUUUGUUGAGAAGGAGGUUAUUCUAGUGCACUACCUGCUAUCACUUCAUCUUUAGUUGAAUUUUAUUACAUUUCUCUGCAACUACGGUCAUUUGUAAUUCUACCUUUCAGAAGAAUGGCAGAGAGAGCGAUUUAUAUGAGUAAUUAUACGCACUUACUCUUGCAUUCUUGUUUUAGCUUGCUGUGAUGGAUGAGAUGUUGUAACACCUCUAAAAUGUGACUGUGUUUUGUCUGUGUCAGUGUGUAUACUUGCAGUCCCAAAUCUCAAAUCUACAGGAUAUGAUAAAGUGCAGAAAGGAGCCAUUCAGUUUAAUUUGAUUUAGCACUUUCAUGAUCCUCAAGUCAUGAUAAGAUGUUUGGAGUCACAGCGGCUCAUUCUGUGCUUACUGCUUACACUAUCGCCUGGCCCUGGCUGCUCUUAAUGAAUGCAGCGAUUUCCAUAAAAUAUUCUUAAAGAGGUCCAUUAUUAUUACCAUAACGUUUCAUCUCCCACCAUAGCUAAACUUCAAUCAGUUUUGCAUUUGAAAUGCAUUAAAUGUCUCCAUAAACUCUUCUAAUCUCCACCAGAGUCAUUUUUCUUCUUUAACUGGUGUGUGUGGAAAGGGAAACUAAUAUUAAAGACAUUAAUUACACUGUUCUGUUCUCUUUUUUUUAAGUACACUCUUUCGCCGCUUAAUUCUGAUUGGAAAUUUCAGUCUCAUCCAGGGUUUCAAAACAAGAGUGUAAUUAUGUUGUUUAUCAGAGCGUGGAGUUGUAUUCCUCUUAUGAUGUUUUGGGUUAAUUACUCCGAGGCCUUUGAUGGACAAAUGAAAACUUUAAAAAUAGUGUAUUAAUAUUGCACUCAAGCAAAUGUGCCUUGUGGAACUGAUUGCUUCAGAUGAAUUGAACGUUAGUGGUACUUGGUUGCAGUGUGAUGUCUUCAUUAAAAACCCCAAGACCCCCAGUAUCAUUGUGCAGCUGUUUAGACAGUAAAUUAUGACAAGCGAUUCCUCCUGGGAAUUGUGGGAGAUGUGCUCUUGUAGUCCUGUAGACUAUUGUUCUUCCUUAUUUGUUUUGCUAUUUUAUGUUAAAACCAAUCUGGUCUUGUGUGGUGGGAAAAUCACUGAAUAACACUCACAGCUAUCUUUAUUAUAAUAUUUAUUACUUAUGUAUUAUAAGUUACUGUGUUACAUCUUAAUAAAAGCCAAUCUUAAUAAAAUGAAACCUAGUAAUACUCAAAAAAACAAUGCCUAAAUGUAAAGCGAAGUUCUUCUUUUCAUGUUUUUGAGUCCAACAACAACACCUGUAUUUUUUUAACUAUGAGUUAAAAUUAUCAUUACAAAAUAAUCACAACAAAGUGUUUUUUUGUUUGUUUGUUUUUAAGCUUUCAUGGCCCUGAAAUCCCCUGCUGUCCCCUCUUCCCUACGUCUUAUAAAAUGUUUUCUGUUUCUCUCAUGGCAUCCUGUUGUUAUCUGAGGAGGUUGUUUACCUGCCUCGGUUGGUCUUUGGGUGUUCAUGCUUCACCACCAGGUGUCACUCUUGUGCUGUUCACUAACCAAAGCUGCAGUAUUAAAGAUGUAAAAUAUCAACAAGUAACUAACUGGAGUAGAAAAGGAGAUCCUCUUAUAAAAAGGAGAGGUUCUAUGAUUUCCAAGAGUGUGGUUAUCAGCUUUAGCUGAUUAAUUCAGGGGUGAGGCUCUAACAGAGUAGUCAGUUCGUACAGGAAUAUUCAAGCUGUAAGAAAAUUGAUUGAAUGGGGGUUUGAAAUAACAACAACAGCAAUACAUGACUAUAAAUUAGAGCAAGGUCGUUUUAGAUUGUUUUAUGCCAGAAUCGAAUGAGUAACAUUAAUCUGCAGCCACCCUGACGUCUGUUUUGUUUUCAGGAAAUAACUGUCUGCUAUACAGUUUAUGUUGUUUGAUUUAAUAUCUGUCUCUGUUUGGUUGUACUGGCUCUUUUAAAGCCUAGGUUAGAUGGACGACACAUUCUUGUACCAGAGAUUCCCCUGAACUUGUUUCCAUGUUUUAAUUACCCAAACAAGCUUACUUUGACACAAUUUCACACAUUUGGAGGAAACACACAUACAGUAUAUCCAUAUGUCAUUAUUUCACACUAAAACACACUGUAAAGAAAAUACUUUACGAAAGUGCUCCUUAUUAUUUGACACAUUGCUUAAUAUUAUUAUUAUUUUUUAAUUUCCAGAUGAGCUGGAAGCAAAGGCUGAUGAUGGAAACAGUGAGGACAAUCCCCCCCAAGAACAGCCAGCUGAAGAGGUAAACAAACUUCGGUGUGCAUAAUGGACUGGUAGAGGGACAAAUGAAGGCAUCUUAUUAAGUAGCUCUGUCAUUAGAGCCCAAAGCGUGCUGUUCCUUUCAAUAAGUGGUGGGUUUAGUCUGUCACACGGUAUUUCUUUUUCUCUUGUUGAACUAGAAGUAUAUCACAGGAUGGUUUGUAAUAGUCUGCUCUACAUCCUGAUGAGGAUCAUACUUAUAUCAAAUCCCCUUCCUGCUGAGGUCCAGUUAAUCAAACCUGUCGUCAAUCAUAAAACCCCUUUUAACAUCCUUUUUAAAGAGCUAGUCCAUUCUGUUUUUUAUUCCCACAUUUCUAGAAGUCCACACUGUGUUUUGAAUGCUACUUUAAAUCUGUAGAUGUAUUUCAGACAGACGCCUCACAGUCCCAGGGGUGAACUUUUGAGUUUGGUGUGACAUCUGUCAUCACAAGCAAUGUUGCUAAUCCAAGUAUAUAAUCUGAAAGAGACAAGCAGUUUUUACCUGGAAAAAUCCCAGUAUGUAUUUUACACCAUAGCUGAUGUAGACAUGUGUCUGUAAAGCCCAAAGCCCAGGGUUUUCCAUGUCGAAAAGCUGGUUCUUUUUUUAACUUGGCCAGAUCACCAUGGUAACCUUCUCUAAACUCACCAGGCCAACUCAGUGUUACAGCUCAAGCCAGCAGUCAUUUCUGAUUGAAUCCAUGACAGAGUUCUCCAUGUACAAAACAGGUCAUCACUUUGUGUAGAAUGAGUCAUUUUAUUAUUAUUAUUAUUAUUAUUAUUAUUAUUAUUAUUAUUAUUAUUAUUAUUAUUAUUAUUAUUAUCGUUGUUAUUAUUCUUGUUGUUAUUAUUCUUGUUGUUAUUAUUAUUAUUAUUGUUGUUGUUGUUAUAUAACAUAGAGUAAGGAUGUACAGUGCUUAUAAUGUAUGCACUGCAUUAUGGGAGCCUUUGCAUUUUGACUGCUUGAAUAUUUUUAAAUUCUUUUAGACAUGAAUAUAAUCCACCUUCUCCAGUCUCCCUCUUCUUGUUUUACUGCUCUUCUUCAUGUCGCACUUGAAAUUUUAUCAGAUCACCUGUGCAGUGAAGAACAUCAAAAGCACAACUAUCUAUGAACUACAUUUGGAAAUGGUUCAAUGUUUGGAUCUGAAACCCUGCCAAGCUGUGUAAACAGCUGGUUUUCCAUCAAAAUCAGAUGACAAGAUUGAUUAGUGUAUUUAUAUUUAUCUCAGUUUAAAUCAAAUUCAAACCGCUCAAAUUAAAGAUAAAUAAGAGGCACUUAGCAUGUAUCCAAUGAUAAAAUCAAUAUAUGAAUUUAUGAAUUUACACAAUAAUUUUCUGCAGAAGAGCUGAAUUUUACUGCCAUAACACUUAAACGUUCAUCUUCUUUCCACAUUAUGCCAGUCAGACUAAAGCAAACAGCAAGUGGUUGCUCAUUUUUGAUGCAGGAGAAGCAUCAAAUGACGUGCUUAAUGGCCCUUUUCCACAGAAGCACACCCAGAGCCUGAAGCUUGUAUUAACAGAGGAAGUUCAUAAACUGUUGUGCUACACCCACUCUCUCUACCCAAGGCUUGAGACUUUGUAGAGCUUGCUGACUUGAAGAAACUCUGGAUAUGUAAGGUUAUUUUAACAGUUGAUGUCAUCAUUGUUCACAGUGUCGUAGUUCCGCUUGUCGUCUCCGUCUUUGACCAGACUGUUGUCACCGACGUUUUAAUUGUUGUCGUGACUUCUGACAUAUCCAUUGUUUUGUUACGUGAAAAGGUUCUUGGCACUGAAGUAAACAUGUUUUGCUUUGUCUCCAUUUCUUUGUCACUCUCUUUCACUCUCUCUUAGGAAAUGUAGGUCAAAGGAAGAGUAACUGUAAACAAUCUAAUUUCACUGUAUGCCUGUUAUUUAGAGCUAUAAAUUUGUUUCUGUGGCUUUAUUGCAUUAUAGAAACCUGCUGAUGAUGAAACAAAAGCCGCAGAGGAGAAAGGAGAGAAGGAGGGAGAAGGAAAGAUGGAAGCUGCUGACAAGAACACCUCUGAAGAAACCAGCGGAGAUGAAGAGAAGAAAAAUGAGGACACAAGUGUUGAAAAAGAGAAAGAGGCAACUGUAGGCGCCGAGGAGAAGAAGGUAGAAGAGGAAAUAAAGAAGGAGGUCAGAGAUGAGGGCAAGGAGGAGGUGAAGAGUGAAGAGCAAGGGUCCAGCAGUAGCAACGGUGAUACGACUCUGGAAAGCAAAGAGAAAGAGGAUGAAGGCCAUGAAGGUGAAAAGCUUGAGCAUGACACAAAUAUAAAAGAAGAGGGGCAAGAUAAAGAGAGCGAACAGAGGGAAGAGAGCAGUAAGGACCAAGUUAAUGAUGUAGACACGGGGGAGGAAGAGAAAGAGACAGAAAACAGCAGUGACCCAGAGAAGACCCAAUCAGAUAACGACACAAAAGAGAACCGCAAAGAAAGAGGCAGCAGUGGUAACAGUAACCAGGAUGAGGACGCUAGCACAACCAAAGAGUUGGGAGAAGAAGAGAAAAUGGUGAACGGAGAGAUCAGUGGUGAGGAUGAUGAGGUGGAAAGUGAAGCAGAGCUGGACUUGGAGGAGAAAAAAACAGCCAGUGGCAAAGAGGGCAUGGAAAAUACAGCGAAAGAGCAGAGGGAUAAGAAAGAAAACAAGAUUCAAAGCAGCAAAGAGAAGGAAUGAUAAAGAGCUAAAGAUGUCAAUGUUAGGAGAUGUGUUGUGCUGAAGUAAUGCUUUGCAAUAUAAUUAAAGAAUAAUUAAGAUGAGGGAGCGAAUUCCCAGAAUGCAGAGCAGGAAUGAUUAAUAUUUCACCAAAUCGCCUUGUAGAAUCUACUGUUAUAACAAAAACAGAGUCCAAAUGUGAACAGUUUUAGAAGCUUUCAGUAUCUGACUGCUUAUUGAUGCACAGAAACACAAUCAUAAUUUCAGUAAUAUAUACAAAGCAUAUUUAUCAAAACAUAAAGUUGUAUCAAGUCAAAUGGUUGUAGUGAUUUAUUUGUCAAGAAGUACUGUUAGCACUUGGGUUAUAUUUUACAUCCCAAAUACAUGAUCUGUGUGCAACAAAAAGAAACUUAGAUAUUGUAAAAUUUAAAAAAUAUAUAAACAAUUUAAAUGUUUAUUUUUACAAAUAUGGUUAUUCUUGAUGCUUUUUGUUAAAGAUGGUGUUUUGUUUUGUUUUGUUUUUUUUGUAUGUAUGGUGUUUUUGUCCCGGGAAUAUGUGACAGUAAUCAGCUUUAGCCAGAUAAGAUUUAUUCAACAAAGUAUAUCUUAUUUUAUCUUGUGUGUGAUUGUGUUUGCAUACAGUAUGUGUUAAAAUGUUCAGCAGAAGAAUAUUUAAUAAUAAAUCUAUAGUUUAAAGCCUUCUUUGGCAGUUUUUCCAGACUAUUAUCCUUCAUCAAGUAGCCACUGUAAUGUAUGCAUAUUCAUUUAUUUAUAUCUGUUCUGCCAGAAGAGAAAUUAAAGUCACCUAAUUAAACAGA